AUGUGUUUAGUGAUUAAUUUCUUGAUAACAUUAAUUGUUGGCGCAAAUGCAAUGUCAUUUUUGACCGAUGAAUGGACAGAAAGUAUGAAACAAUUCUUUCAGCAAACACAACAAAAAAUUGGUGAAAAAUCUAAUCAAUUUUUGAAUGAAAUUGGUAAAAAAUUUGAUAGCGCGCAGAAUUUUGUUGAACAAUCAAAGGAUGUUUUUAGUAUGGUAGCAAAAAAUUUGAAAAGUAGUGGCGAAAAGUUGAAAGCUACGGUAAUGAAAACAGCCGAAACAACAUUACGUGGAGCUGGUGAUGAAGUUGAAGGUUUUUUCUCUGAGGUACCAAAUCGUGUUAGUGAUGGUUUUGAUGAAAUUCUCAUAAAACUUGGAGAAGUUUGCUCAUGGAUUUUUAGAAAUAUUAUUGCACCAAUAUUAUUCAUUAUUAUUUUACUUGGUUUCAUAUAUUUCUUUAUCAUAUCAGGGUAA